GCGGUUUGGUUUGAAAUGGUCGCCAACCUUCGCCAGCGCUAACGUUGGUGGAUGCCACAUCUCUCAUCGCACCAAACAUGUCCUCCUCGUCAUCUUUAACGUUGAGCACGCUACUAUCAACACUACACACGCACCUGAAUGCCCAAACUCAACUUUUGCCGACACUCCAUCUUCAACUCGGCUUACCGCAAACCGCUCUGGAAGACGAACUUCAAACAUUACAGCAUACCCUGACCAAAGCCGUCGAGUCUCAGAUAGAAGUGCGGAGGAAACAAGUGGAUGAUUGGAUAGGAAAAUGUGAAGGAGUGGAGUCUGGUUGCGCUCGUUAUUCGAGAGCGCUGGGCACACAUGCCAAAGUUGCUGGAUCGCUCAGCGAUCUGAAAGCCGAGAAGGUCCUGCCGAGGAGACAUGAAAGCGCUACUGUGUACCAGGAGAAACUAAGACAGAUCUAUCAUACGAAGCUCGAGCAGCUCACAACAUUGACCAAUCGCCUGAAUGCCCUCGCGCGUACUUUGGGCUCCCAUUUCUUUCCACCAGAUAUCUUAACUCCAGCACUUGUUGCUACUGAGGAACUAGACAACCCUACAGCACUACGUGAUGUUAUGCCUGAACGUUUUUCCAAACUCGAGAAGGAGCUUGUGAGAGGAAAAGGCGAAGUGUUGAAGCGACUAAACCAACUGGGUGAAGUCUUCACCCAGAUCGACUGGCUUUACUCAGAACUAGGAAUCGAUCCUCCCCCAUCCACUGUCACACCAUCGGUUGCCACCUCAUCUUCAACACUGGCUGUACCAAGAUACUCUCUACCACGAUCUUCAUCAGCCGGAAGCACCCGUCUCAACUCGAGUGCAGAUCCAUUCGCGUCCUCAACCAUCGGACCAUUAACUCCUACUCCUUCAUCUCUCGGGAAAUCCAAUAACCACAUGCUUUGUCCGUCGUCCUCUUCCCCACAGCCCUCCACAGCCCUUCCAGAGGUCCCCGAGUUCCCAAACGAACAUGAAUACCUCAGGUCCCUCGGACGCUUCAUCGAACUACUCGACUCGUCGCCACAGGACUCGUCACCUGGACCAAUUCUAAAUUCCUGCGGUAUCGAACCAACGAAGGGGAUUUUAUCAUGGGCUGAAAGACUUCACGCUGAACUUAACGAACUCAAGAGGCGGCGCGAAGUGCAUAUCCAAGCUAUGUAUGACCAGCUAGAGGCGCUUUGGCGACGUAUGGGUGUAGGCGAGGAGGCUAUGGAUGGUUUUGUCGAGGCGAAUCGCGGAACGACGCCUCCUGUAGUCCAAGCGUAUGAAGAAGAACUGGAACGCAUGAUUGAUUUGAAGCGCGAGAGAAUGGGCGAGUUUAUUGCCAAUGCUCGUACAGAAAUUGAGAGCUUAUGGGAAGAGCUCAUGGUAGGAGAUGAUGAGCGGAAUGAUUUUGCGGCGUUUUCUGAUGAUGAACAUACGGAGGAUUUGCUGAGCCAGCACGAGCAUGAGAUCGCCCGUCUGAAAGCAGAAGUGCGUCUCAAGAUGCCAAUGCUGACGUCGAUCAAGAAGUACAUGGAGAUUUGUGAGGAAGAGAAGGAGCUCGAGCGCGUAGCAAGUGAUCAGACGCGCCUUCUAGGAAGGGGUGGAGGACGAGAUCCCGGCAGAUUGCUUCGGGAAGAGAAGAUGCGAAAGAGGGUUGGGAAAGAGAAGCCCAAGCUUGAACAACAACUACUAUCAUCUCUACCUACAUGGGAGCAGACGCAUGGACGAGCUUUCCUCGUGCAUGGCGAAAGCAUGCUUCAGCUGUUGAUGGAGAAUGCGUCGGCGAACGAACAGGAGAACCGCAAGAGAGCGCCUACUUCUCAAUACUCCGCACAGGCGCUUAACAGGGUGGCUUCGCAAAGCCUGAAGCCUGCCGCUAGUGGGACGAAUGUCGCUCCCAAAGGAGGCUAUGUCCCUGGCAAAUCCAAUGCAUCUCAUCACGGUGUGGUGACGCCCGCCGUUCGGUCAGGAUCCUCGAUGUCUUCAUAUACCCAUGGAACCAAUAAACGACAGAAACUCGUCGAUGGCACGCAUCAUCCCGCAGUACGUCCAGGAUCUCCCACAAGGGGCCGGACACCCAGUAACUCAGCUCUCCCCCGUCCAACCACUCAAAACGCGCCCCCUAUGUCUUCCCAGUCGAAGAACUCGCAGGGGUAUGCCGCGCUUGGGUGGGGGCGCAAUCCUUCGACGAUGCCACGAUCAAGAUCACAAACGAGCGUAACACAUCUUGGUUCAAGCGUGAGCUCGCACCAUCUUUCAAGCACACGAUCGUACAAUUCUGGUUCGGUGGCGUCCAGUCAUUCCAGGGAGUCAGCAGCUAAAAAGACGACGGGCCGCAUUCGCAAGGAGAGUUUCAAGCCACGGCCGAGCAUCGAUGGCGGUGGUGGAGGCGCUGCGGGAUGGAAGAGUGGGUUUCGGGGGAUGAGCGUCGCGGAGGAGGAUGGAUGCUGAGUGUCACUUCCUACAUUCUUUUUUUCUCGUUUUCUCCUGAUCAACUUCACUUUCGUUCAUCAUUCAAGCACGGCGAGAUUGUCUGUUUAAAUUUAUGUUAGUUGUGUAGUUUUUAACGGCGACGCCAUUUCGAAAACUUAUGAACUAUGUAUGCCUUGUUGUACUAUUCUGACGAAGCCUUUGUUGGGCAAUUUUGUUUCGUCCUCAUUAUGAAUCAUGAUGCACGAC